AUGCCAGUGCGGCUGCUGCUGGGUACGGGCUUGGCUCACGCCCGUCAGGUACCCCGGGGACUGUCACCGAUGCUCUCCUGCUGCACCCCACACCACCUCACGGCUUCCUUAUCGUCGCUGACUGAGAGGGCGCGUGCGUCGCACAUUAGCUCUUUCAAGGAGUCAGGGUACUAUCGGCUGGAGAACCCAAAGCGCAUCAGCAUCGACCCCUGCGUCUACGAGAUUCGCACGAUGCGCGGCAGCGGCCCGGGCGGCCAGGGCGUAGAUAGCAGCAGCAACAAAGUGGAGCUGCGCGCGGACAUGGAGCUCCUGUCUGAGUUUUUUGAUGAGGAGCUUCUCGCCGCACUGCGGCGCAAUGAGGCCGGUGGCGCUCUCACUGCUGACGGGACAACCAUUCUCGUGAGUUGUCAUGAACACCGUAGCGCUUUGCAGAACAAAGAGGGCUGUCUGCGCAAGUUGCAGGCGCUUCUGCACAAGGCAUCUUGGGUGCCACCGGUGGAGGCCGACCCCGUUGAGCGGCCAUCUUUCGUCGUCACCGAGCACAAGGGUAGACGACGCAAGAAGAGCAACAUGGGCCGCAUGAUCCGAUCCGCGCGUUGUGGGCUGUGGUGA